GUGCUGGUUCUUGUUCCAACCAGGGAACUGGCCACUCAGGUAGCCAAGGACUUCAAGAAUGUCACCAGGAAACUGUCGGUGGCUUGUUUUUAUGGAGGAACUCCAUAUAAAGAACAGCUUGAUCUCCUUAGAAGUGGCAUUGAUAUUCUAGUGGGGACUCCUGGACGGAUCAAAGACCACAUUCAGAAUAGCAAGCUGGAACUUUCCAGUGUGAAGCAUGUUGUUUUGGAUGAAGUUGAUCACAUGUUAGACAUGGGCUUUGCUGAACAAGUAGAAGAAAUCUUAGGAUUUGCUUAUAAAAAAGGUUCUGAGAACAACCCCCAGACACUGCUGUUUUCUGCAACUUGUCCACGAUGGGUAUAUGAUGUAGCAAAAAAAUACAUGAAAGAUGAAUAUGAACAGAUCGACCUGAUUGGAAAGAAAACCCAAAGGACUGCCACAACUGUGGAACACUUGGCUGUACAGUGUCGCUCAUCUCAGAGAGCGGGAGUUCUCGGGGAUAUCAUUCAAGUCUACAGUGGCAGCCGUGGGCGAACUAUUGUUUUUUGUGAGACCAAAAAGGAAGCAAAUGAACUGGCUAUGAAUGCUUCACUCAAACAGGAUGCCCAGUCAUUGCAUGGCGACAUUCCACAGAAACAGAGAGAAAUUACAUUAAAAGGCUUUAGAGAUGGUGUCUUUGAAGUUCUGAUUGCAACAAAUGUGGCUGCCCGUGGUUUGGAUAUUCCAGAGGUUGACCUCGUUAUACAGUGUUCACCACCAAAAGAUGUUGAUUCCUACAUCCAUCGUUCUGGACGUACGGGUCGAGCUGGCCGGACUGGGAUCUGCAUUUGCUUAUUUCAGAGAAGAGAAGAAGAUCUUCUGAAACAGGUUGAGCACAAAGCGGGGAUUACAUUUAAGCGUGUAGGCGUUCCCUCUGCUACAGACGUAAUCAAAGCUUCAAGUAAUGAUGCCAAAAAGUUGUUGGAGGCCAUUCCUCCGUCUGCAGUAGACUACUUCAGAAAAUCUGCUCAAGAGCUCAUAGAUGAAAAAGGGGCGGUUGCUGCCCUGGCUGCAGCUCUAGCCCAUAUUUCUGGGGCAUCUUACAUACAGCAGCGCUCUUUACUCAACUCGACUGCG